AUGUCUGGGCGGCGGCGAAGUACUCGUUUGCGUGCCACAAAGGGUGAUGGCACAGAUAUGAUGCAGAACUCUACCAAAACACCCUCGAGUCCCCAGAAGAACCCACCUAAGUAUAACCGUAAGGGUAGUCAGGUAACUUCACCUCUACGCCUCAGAAUACCUGGAAAAUCAACUGUCCAAAAAGCAGUGGAAUCUUUACUCAACUCACCUCCAGAACUCGAACUAGAAGAAUCAGAACCAGAAAUAGAUCAGUUAGAGUCUGAGGAUACAGGUACCGGAAUUUCUUCUGUAGUCAAAGGCCGGAAGCGGAGAAAGAGCAGGAGUAUUACUCCUCCACUCAUAGAUAAAAAGGCUAUCAGAAAAGCUGCGAUUGCAGAGGGAAGGGCGAUCAUGCUCAAAGCUAGAGCCAAACAUCUCAUCCAGAACCGGAAUCAAGUGCCAAUGGAAAUCAAGGAGCCGACUCCAGCUUAUUCAGGUGAAAGUGACAUCGAAAUCAGCCAUGGAGCCAUAGAGUCAGAGGAAGAAGUUGACGAACUUGAUGAGGAAGAGCUGCCACAAGUAGCGAAAUCCCAUAGAACCAGGAAAGGGAAGCCAAAAGUCAAGCAACAGGUGGAGGAUGAAUACUCAAAUGGAGACGAAGAGGAGGAAGAUGUUGCUGAGUACAGGAAGAAGCAGAAGCAUCAAAAUGAAGAUUCAGUCCCGCAAAAGCUCAUAUUUCAUCUCCUCAUUCCUGCUGUCAAUCCUGAGGAUCCAAUUGAACGGCGCUCUCUUGAUACCCAGUCAUCAUUUGAACAGUUCAAAAAUUUAGUGUACAAAACCCUUAGCUGCGAGAAAGUACAUGUCAAGCCGAGCCUUUCUUACAAAAUGCCAGGAGCUACGAGAGGUACCAGUGGGAUUUCACUCCGGACAGAAGCAGAUUGGAUACUAUGCUUAGAAGAUAUCAUUCGGACUCACCACAGCCGUCCCAAAUCAAAACAUCUUAUGCCGUUAGAUGUUACACUUGUUGUAGCGAGCAAGUACCUCCUUGCUCUGAAUGCGCGCCAAAAUCCUCGAAAGUCCGCUAGCUCUGGUACUGCUGGUAGAACAAAAGGCCGAGGAAAGAAAGCUCAGUCUCCACUUCCAAAUCUCGAUGGGGGUGAUGGGGCCUAUGAUGUCGGAGAUGACGAGGAGAAUGGAGACAGACUUUUCACAGCAAAGGAGAAGGAAUAUACCGAAGCAUUGAUGAAAACGCUGAAGAAGUGUGAGAGAUGUGGACCCAAUAUCAUGUGUAAGGUUGAUAUUCAAGUAUGCUUCGUGCAUGGGCAAUCUCUCUGGUAA